CGGGAGGAGGCGGCCAUGGACGACUUGGGCUGCCCGCGGUGCAAGACCACCAAGUACCGCAACCCCUCGCUGAAGCUGAUGGUGAACGUCUGCGGGCACACGCUGUGUGAGAGCUGUGUGGAGCUGCUGUUUGUGAGAGGGGCUGGCAACUGCCACGAGUGUGACACCCCCCUGAGGAAGAGCAACUUCAGGGUGCAGCUCUUUGAGGACCCUGCUGUCGACAAGGAAGUGGAAAUCCGGAAGAAAGUGCUGAAAAUAUACAAUAAAAGAGAGGAAGACUUUCCCACUCUAGAGGAAUAUAAUGAUUUCUUGGAAGAAAUAGAAGAAAUUGUAUUUAACUUGACCAACAAUGUGGACUUGGAGAACACCAAAAAGAAAAUGGAGCUGUAUCAAAAGGAUAACAAAGAAGUCAUUCAGAAGAAUAAGUUAAAACUGACACGGGAGCAGGAGGAGCUGGAGGAGGCCCUGGAGGUGGAGCGGCAGGAGAGCGAGCAGAGGCGCCUCUUCAUGCAGAAGGAGGAGCAGCUCCAGCAGAUGAUCAAAAGGAAGAAUAAACAGGCACUCCUGGAUGAUCUGGAGAGCUCUGAUCUUCCUGCCUCUCUGCUCUUAGCUCAGCAUAAGGACAGAUCUACUCAGCUAGAAAUGCAGCUGGAAAAACCCAAACCUGUCAAACCAGUCACGUUUUCCACUGGCAUCAAAAUGGGUCAGCAUAUUUCAUUAGCUCCCAUUCAAAAGUUAGAGGAAACUUUGUAUGAAUAUCAGCCUCUGCAAGUGGAGACCUAUGGACCACAAGUUCCAGAGCUUGAGAUGUUGGGAAAGCUGGGGUACCUCAGCCACGUUCGGGCCGCCUCCCCGCAGGACCUGGCCGGGGGCUACACGUCCUCGCUGGCCUGUCACCGAGCCCUGCAGGACGCGUUCAGCGGGCUCUUCUGGCACCCCAGCUAGCCAGGGAGCACCGGGUGUGACCGAGGGACACCCAGCGGGGCCGGGAGCGACCCAGGGCAGCCGAGGCGGGGCGGGAUC